AUGUUAUUCAAGUCCUUCAUCGCGCUCGCUGCGUCUGCGCAGCUUGCUCUCGCUGCGCCUUAUCCACACGGCGCCGCUUCUCUCACUGCUCGGGCCGUAAACGCCAGCGCGUGCCCAGGCUACACUGCUACCAAUGUCGACGUUACAGAAGCUGGCCUCACAGCUGACCUCACCCUCGCUGGCCCUGCUUGCAAUGUCUACAGUGAAGACUUGCAAGAACUGAAGUUGGUUGUCGAACACCAGACUGAUGACCGUCUUCAUGUCAAGAUCUAUGAUGCAGGUCUCAACGUGUUCCAAGUCCAAGAAGAGGUGCUUCCUCGCCCUGCCAACGACAAGGCUGCUUCUUCCGGGGCAGCUGUUCGCUUUGAUUACACCGCACAGCCCUUCGCGUUCAAGGUCACCCGUACCAGCAACAACGAGGUGAUCUUCGACACUACAGGCACUCCCUUGAUCUUCGAGAAGCAGUAUGUUCGUCUGCGUACCAACUUGCCCAAGGAUCCCAACCUGUAUGGUCUUGGUGAGCACAGCGAUUCUUUCCGCUUCCACACGGACAAGUAUCGACGUAGCCUUUUCAACGCGGAGUCCAUCAACAUUCCCAACAACGCGAAUUUGUACGGCUCGCACCCAGUCUACUUUGACCACCGCGGCGACAAAGGCACUCAUGGUGUCUUUUUGCUGAACUCGUCUCCCAUGAACAUCGACAUUGACAAGGACGAGGCCGGCAACCAGUACCUUGAGUACAACACCAUCGGCGGCGUUCUUGACUUCUACAUUCUAUCUGGCCCUAGCCCUACUGCUGUCUCGAAGCAGUACGCUGAUGUUGUUGGCUACUCUGCCAUGUAUCCUUACUGGACGUUGGGCUUCCACCAAUGCAAGUACGGCUACUGGGACGUCAACAUGGUCGCCGAGGUUGUCGCCAACUACUCGACUGCUGGCAUCCCGCUCGAGGUCAUGUGGACAGACAUCGACUACAUGGAUGCUCGUCAAGACUUCACCCUCGACCCUGAGCGCUUCCCUCUCACCAAGAUGCAAGAGCUUGUGUCAACUCUGCACUCUCGCGACCAACGCUACGUGCUUAUCCUUGAUCCUGGCGUCCACGCUUUCGAUGAAGUUGCGGCAUACAAGAGCGGUCAUGAUCUUGACAUCUUCCUGAAGGCAGCUGACGGUACUGAUCUCCUCGGCGUUCAGUGGCCUGGAGCUGUGGCAUGGCCUGACUGGUACCACCCCAACGCGCAGAAGUGGUGGACUGACGAGGUCCUCAACUUCUUUGACGCCGACUCUGGUGUCGACAUCGACGGCAUCUGGGUUGACAUGAACGAAGCGUCCAACUUUUGCCAGGACAUCAACUGUAAGCCGCGCGAGAAGGCCAUCGCAGAUGGUAUUCCCCCCAAGCCCGCCAACGGUCCUCGUCCCAACACCGGACGCCCUAUUCCCGGCUUCCCGGCAUCAUUCCAACCCAGCUCCUCGAAGCGCGAUGUCGAGGCUCGUCAAGCUAUGGGUCAGAUGAAGGGUUUCCCAGACCGCGAGUGGUUCAACCCUGCCUACUCAGUGAGCAACCACGUCGGCGAUCUGACCGCGCUCACCAUCUACCUCAACACCUCGAACUACGACGGAACCCGUCAGUACGACACGCACAACCUUCACGGGCACAUGAUGGCCAUGACAACUCAGAACUCCAUGGUCACCCGUCGUCCUGAGGUGCGCCCGUUCGUACUCACCCGCUCCACCUGGGCUGGAACUGGCCGCAAGGCAACCCACUGGUUCGGCGACAACGCGUCCGACUGGGAGCACUACCGCACGUCGAUCCGGCAGAUGCUCUCCUUUGUGUCGAUGCACCAGAUGCCGCUUGUCGGCUCCGACGUGUGCGGCUUCAACGGCAACACCAACGAGAACCUGUGCGCGCGGUGGGCCAUGCUCGGCGCCUUCUUGCCCUUCUACCGCAACCACGCCGAACUCAGCACCAUCCAGCAGGAAUUCUACCAGUGGCCGUCGGUCGCCGCGGCCGCGAAGAAAGCCAUCAACACCCGCUACACGCUGCUCGACUACAUCUACACGGCGCUGCACGACCAGACCACCUCCGGCGCGCCCAUGAUCAACCCGCUCUUCUUCCUCUAUCCCAACGACGCCAACACCUUCGCCAUCCAGGAACAGUGGUUCUACGGCGACGCGCUGCUGAUCUCGCCCGUCACCACCGACUACUCCGACACGGUCACUUACUACCUGCCCAACGACACCUUCUACGACUUCUGGACGCACGCGAAAGUCCAGUCCCCCGGUGCAAACGUCACGCAGUCCAACCUCACGACUAGCGACAUCCCCGUGCACAUCCGCGGCGGCUCCAUAAUCCCCAUGCGCGUUGCGUCAGCCAACACAACGAAAGCGCUGCGCGCGCAGGACUUCGCCGUGCUCGUGGCCCCCGGUGCUGACGAGUCCGCGACGGGCCGCUUGUACCUGGACGAGGGCGAGCGCAUCUCGCAGCCGGCGGUCAGCGAGAUCGAGUUUGAGUUCAAGGACGGCAAGUUCAGUGUCUCGGGCGAGUUUGCGUAUGCGGGUGCCGACGGCGAGUCGAUUACGGUGGCCAAGGUGGUGGUUCUUGGGCAGGAGAAGGCGGGGGCGGUGGGGGUGUUUGAUGCGGAGAAGGGCGAGGUGGAGGUGGAGGGGCCGUGGAAGCUGGAUGGCGGGUUUGAGAUUCAGCUCUAG